CUAGCGAAAUAGACAUAAACGUUAUUGAACCAACUCCAAAUUCAUAUAUCACAAUUAAUUUCGGCGCUCAUUUGAUCAGUCCAUGAUCACCACGGACGUCACUCCAUUCAAUUACCUUCUUUCUUCUAUUCCAACUUGCACCUCUCUCUCUCUCUCUCUCUCUCUCUCUCUCUCUCUCUCUCUCUCUCUCUCUCUCUCUUUAAUAUGCAUGAUUUGAGCAUUGGUGAGCCUUAUAUUCUCUCUCUACUCUAACUAAUAAUCUUGAUUAUCAUCAUCGUCAAACAUUGAUCGUCAUGUCUCGAAUCAAAGGAGAAGUGAUGUGGCCGAGGUUAGUGGCGAGCAAGAUCUUCAAAAAGAGAUUGGGCAGCCACAACUUCGUCGCCGAUUAUCCAACCGCCACCGGCGAGCCUUUCAUGGAAAUCCCGCCUUGCUUCAACCACAAGUCUCUCACUCCCAGCGCCACCUUCAUCAAAGAUCGCGACGAGGAGACACGAAAUUACAAGGUGUUUGUUAGCACUUGGAACGUCGGAGGAGUUGAACCAACUGAGAAUUCCGUCAUGGAUGAGUUGAUAGACCACACCAACCCCUGCGAUAUCUACGUCUUCGGUUUUCAAGAAGUGGUGCCGCUGAGAGCUGGAAAUGUGCUGGGACCGGAGAAGAGCAAGAUCUGGAUGAAGUGGAAUUCGUUGAUCAGAGGUGCCCUAAUGAAAACAAAGGAAGAAGAGUCAUGUUUCAGAUGCAUCAUCAGUAAGCAAAUGGUGGGAAUAUUGAUCUCCGUUUGGGUUCGGGCCGAGCUCCGGCCCUACGUCCGAAACCCCAGCGUUUCCUGCGUUGGCUGCGGAAUCAUGGGUUGUUUAGGAAACAAGGGUUCAGUGUCGGUAAGAUUUCGAUUGCAUGAAACCAGCUUCUGCUUUGUGUGCAGUCAUCUGGCGUCAGGUGGGAGAGAAGGCCAUCAUAAAUAUAGAAAUUCAAAUGUCCAAGAAAUAUUAUCAAGAACUAUUUUUCCAAGGGGUUCUUCACUUCAUCUUCCCACUAAUAUUCUUCAUCAUGAUCGGGUGAUAUUUCUUGGAGAUUUAAAUUACAGAAUCUCGUUGCCUGAAUCAACGACAAGGCUGCUGGUUUACGAACAAGAUUGGAAUGCAUUAUUAGAACAUGAUCAACUGAGGAUGGAGCUGAUGGAAGGCCAAGUAUUGGAAGGUUGGCAUGAAGGAAACAUAAAAUUUAGGCCAACAUAUAAAUACUAUCCUGGUUCAGAUAAAUAUUAUGGCAGUUUUGAGGGCAAAAAAGGCGAAAAGAAACGUGCUCCUGCAUGGUGUGACAGAAUAAUAUGGCAAGGUGAAGGAUUGAAGCAAGAUUUGUAUGAAAGAGUAGAAUCAAAAUUGUCAGAUCACAGACCAGUUAGAGCAAUUUUCAGCACACAAGUAAGAGUGAAGCUAAAGCUGAGAGCCCUUGGAAACUUCUUUUUGUCUGAGAGAUUUGAACGCAUCACAAAUUCCUCCACUCAUUUUCAAGAUCAUUUUCCCACCUGUAAUUCCAGAUUUAGCCUUCACCUCACUGAUUUUUGAUUUUAAUUUCCACUUUUUAUAUACUACUGUGUUUUCAUCUCGUGUUAAAUAUAUAUACAUACGAGCUCCAGUAUUCAA